UUUUUACAAUGACUUCAAAAUUUUUGGCCGAGUUAUCUAAUGAUUAUGAAAAACUUUUUGAAACCGAAAUAGGAUAUGAUGUUGUCAUUUAUGCUGGAGAAGAACCGAAUGUUAAAGAAAUCCAUGCUCAUUCAAGUAUUUUAUGCAUUAGGUCUAAAUACUUUUGUACGGCAUUUUCUAAUGAAUGGGCAGAAAAAAAGGAUGGGAAAUUUAUUUUAAGGAAACCAAAUAUUUCGUCUCAUUUAUUUAAUAUUAUUCUCAGAUUUAUUUAUUGUGGAAACAUUGAAUUGAAAAAUUUACAAGGACCAGAUGUAUUAAAAUUGUUGAUAGCUGUAGAUGAACUUGGUGUUCAACAAUUAAUUUCUCAUAUUCAAGAAUAUUUAAUUGAACAUCAAACUGAAUUUUUAUAUCAAAAUCCAACUGGCAUUCUUGAAGUUGUUUAUCAGCAUGAAACAUUUACAGAUUUAUGGAAUUUUUGUCUUGAAACAAUUUGUGAAGAACCUGAAAUUUUAUUUGAUUCUGAUAAAUUUUUUAAUCUAAAAGUACCUUUAUUAGAAUUAUUAUUAAAAAGAGAUGAUUUAAAUAUGAAAGAAAUCGAAGUUUGGAAAGGUUUAUUGAAGUGGUGCUUGUUUCAGCAAAACAUGGAAAAUAAUCCAACUAAAUGGAGUACAGAUGACAUUACAAAGAUUGAGAGGUUAAUACAUAGGUUUAUUCCAUUAAUUAGAUUUUAUGAUAUUGAACCUAAAGAUUUCUUUUACAAAGUUUAUAUUUACAAAGAAAUCUUACCAAAAGAAUUAAUUAAUGAUCUUUUGGAAUUUCAUAUUGUUCCUAAUAUUAAACUUAAAACCAAUAUAGCACCAUCAAGAAAACCAAUUUUAAAAUUUAAAAUUGAUUCAACUUUAGUUCAAUCAAAUCAUAUUCCCCUUUUUAUUUCAUGGAUCGUUAAAAAAGAUUUUUCACAUUACAAUAAUAGAAAUAUUCCCUAUGAUUUUAAAUUAUUAUAUCAUUCGAAUCGGGAUGGAUUUAAUGCUGAAUCAUUUCAUCAAAAUUGUGAUAAUAAAGGAGCCACUAUUUGGGUAGCAAAAAUUCAAGGUUCAACACAAUUAAUUGGAGGAUAUAAUCCACUUGAUUGGGAUGGAAAUGGUGUUUGGAAAUCUACUACAGAUAGUUUUAUGUUUAAUUUUACAGAUGGAAAAAAUAUCUCUACUGCAAAAUUAGGUUAUGUUAAAUAUCCAAAUAAUGCUAUUUAUUGUUCUAAUAGUCAAGGUCCACAAAUGGGUUAUUUUUACUGUAAAGACAAUAGUAAAUGGAGUACUUAUGCUAAUAAUACUAUUUGCUAUCCUGAUAUAGGUAUUCCAACUUCUGAGUUUCCAGUAGAUUAUUUUGAAGUAUUUCAAGUAGUUAAAAAAUAA